CACAUCCCGUUUGCGUCCGUCUGUCGUCGUUAGCGCGGGCCUCGGGGAGUUCUUCAGGGGCUUCUUUGACGGAAGCUGGGCUCCUAAGAGUACCCGAAUAUGGAGGAGCCACUCCUUUGAGCAACACGGGCCAAGCGAAAACAAGGAUGGGGGCACUACAGGCAGCGGCGGUGAUGGCGCCAGCAGCGGCACAUCAGACCGCGCCCUUGACGACCUUCAGGCUCGCCUCAGCGGCCUGCCUGCCUCCUCACGGCCCCGACUAGCGCCCGACCAGCAGGAGGAGGAUGUCGAGGACCCCCGCGCUGAUAGCAGCAGCGAUCCGCCAGCAUCCUCGGCCUCCGCGGAGGACCUGAGAGGUGGUGGCGAACGCAGCGGGUUGUACGGCAGCGCCGGUGGCAGAAGCAGAGCCGUCAGUUCCUUUAGCGAGGUUGAAGAUGGGGAGUUGGCGUCGGCGUUGAAUCGGCGCAUCGGGCAGAUCGCGGCCGGCACGGGGCAGUACGACAGUGAGAUGACGGAGGAGGAGAUGCGGCAGCCGCUGACGGGCGCUGAGCUGCGAGAGCUCAUAUAUACGAAGUACGGCAAGACCUACGACGUCUCCUUUGUACGGCGAGAUAUUCCCGGCAAGACCUUUGUGUGCCUUAACAUCAUGUGGAGCCACCUGGAGCAGCGCUCCUUCAAGCUUACAGAGCAGCAGUACAUGGAGAAGCUUGAUGGCGUGGCCUAUCUGUUGGGCGCGUUGGGGCAGACGAACGUCGUGCGAGCUUUCCUACGGGAAAAGGCCAGGAGCCAGAAAGGCCUUCCGGCGCGGCCGGUUGUGGGUACGGCGGUCAGCAUUCGGUUUGACCUGGAGCAGGGCGUCAUUGAGGAGUGGUUCGGCAAGGGCUACCAGUGAGCUUAGGUGUACCUCUGCCCUACGGCAUUCCAUGUUCACAACCGCAAGGAGAGCGGGUGCUUAUAGGAAGCCGGGUUUUGAGGGAAGGAUAGUUCCGUGAAAGCAACAAGAAGCACAAAGAGAGGAGCUCGAUGCAUCCUGUAAGGCCCGGCAUACUGGUUUAGCGUCUGGGUGUUCCCACGCGAAGGGCGCAUAUACGUGUUGGGAUGUCGAUACGGUAGCUGAAUACUAUGGUAGUAGGAGAAGUACCAUGCGACGAUUGAGCAAUUUCGUUCAAUUCAUUUGCUUCGUUGUGUGCUAUCAGGUCGUGUAUAGGGGUUUGGUGCCCAAACAUGUGAGAGAGCAGUGCGGUCACACGUACAGCAGCAGCUGCCGCUUAUGCUGCUAGGAUGGGGGGGCUCAGCCUCCUUGACACCUGGACACCCAGGAAUGAGACUGUCCCAAUCGACGGGCCGGUGUUGGCGGUGUUGAAUGUGUGGGACUGGACUCGCAUAGGUGGAGCAUUAUGUUGGAAAGGCCAGGUUAUCCAGGUAAGAUCUGAGGUUCCUAGUUAGGCCCGUGAUCGAUCCCCGAAAGGUUCGCUCGGCGUUCGGCACCGUGAAGUGCACGGCAUGCAUACUCGUACGGCGAUAGUAUGUUGCAGCGUUGCUUAAUGCGUACUGGCUGCAUGUUUAGUGAUGCCGCAUGUUUUCAGACCUGAAAGACAAUAUUUAUUGACACUGCCGCUUAUGACUACGCGUAGCUAGCAACUUGCUACAAACGACCGCGCCUUCUCAACUGUAUGCUUUAGAAAGAUGAAAGUGGUAAACAUAAUUGAAGCUGUUAGUAAUUAUCUAAGCACACAGUGCAAUUCUGUGUCAUACUUGCUGGGCGUUAGCAAUGCACACGGCGUCACACUGCUUGGCUACGCGCUUUGCCAAGCAACUGCAGCUGACUUGCAAGAUGUCCUGGAUGUGCUGCCGGAGCCGCUCUCAUUCCUGGGAGCCUUUGCCAAGUCAAAAGAUGAUGCCGUGACGGCAGCUGGAGAUCUGCAGCGCUCAGCGCUAUCCGGUAGCAGCUAUGUUGCGGUGUACCUGGACGGUGGGCAGGCCCAUGCUGUUGGCGUCAACCGCGAUGGCACUUUGGGGCCGCAAGUUGAGCUCAAGCAGCUGGCAUCCCUUGAAGAAUGGUUGAAGAACUAUAGGAUGCUGCGGUGUCCGCUCCGCGUUCGCCUGGAAGUCGUGGAAGAGGGCUCCAUGCAGGCGCUGCAGGGAGGGCAGGCGCUGCAGUUGGCCUUUGGCAACAUUGUACGGCAACUUGAGGCACCCGGAUUGUCGUACAUGACUGCAUUCGGGGCAAACAGCAGGGCGCUUCUGCGACCGGACGCGGAGGGAUCCCUAGACUCUGCCUUCUCAGCGCCUCCAACCAACACCGCAGCUUGCCCUGUCGUACACUGCACAGCCCUGCUCGACACAACCCGUCUGGCAACUCCGCCUGCCGCUCCCGCCUUCUCAUACCUCCCGCUAUCACCCGG